GCUGGGAGGCAAGCAGAAACUCGCGCGCCCCGCGCCGCCCCCGACGCGGGGAAGCAGGCAAGCAGGUAGGGCGCCCGCCCACCAAUAUCCGGGUCUCGGCAUCUGGGGCCGCCCACUGAGCUGCGGACGCCGCCUCUUUUCUGUGACGGCUCGCGAGCGAAGGAGGUUGAGGCAGCAACUUGGAAGCAGCUGAAACAGCCUCGCGGGGGGCUGCCUUGGCGCGGAAGAAGAGCUGACGCUGCAAACCCCUCCGCAGGUGCCCGCGGCGCUCCAAGGAGGAACUGGGUGUGUGGGGCACCUGAGGGUCAUUCUCCCCAGCUUCCUCUGGGGCUCGGUUCAGGUCCUGCCUGUUUGCCGGCUGCUUGCUCAAGGGAGGCGAAGCGACUGCCCAGAGUUUGCUGAAACUGCGCAACUGCUAUCUAGUUACAGAGGUCAGCCUUCACAGUUGCCCAGUUUCUCCAAUGCCAGCUGCCUCUGUGACUCUCCCAAAUAAAAACCAGAGUUUACUGGAAGUAGAUUUCAUCGGUUUCCAACAAAAUUGAAGAGAAAAGUCAUGCCUUAUCCCGAAAGCAAAAAAAUAUUAUUUGGCCUAAUGGCCGGGGCUGCUGGAAUAACCUUGGGCCUCAUUUGGUAUCGAAAGACACAGAAAUGCAGUAAAGCCAUGUACUUGCCUACCUUUUUGAAUUCAGAGGGCAGUUUUGACUUGGUAAAUUUUCCACAUGAAACUCAUAACGAACAAGGAACCGUGAUGCUAUUGCAAGGAAGGCAGCUUCAGGUACUGGAAAAAAUGAAUGGUUUAAUAGCAACUGUGGAAGAACUUAAGAGAGAAGUAGCAUUUCUGAAAGAAGCAAUUCCAAAGUUGGAAGAACUUGUCCGGGAUGAACUCAAGGGGAGAACAGAUUCUCGCAGGAGCAGCCCUUUGCACAGAGGAACAAAGAAGAGGAAGACUGAGAUUGGCAAAGGUGUGUCAGAUACCAACAGUUCUGAAGAAGCAGAAAGUGAAGGCGGCUACAUUACAGCUCAUACUGACACUGAAGGAGAGUCUGAGGAAGAAAAAGGAUGGAUCAGUUCUUCCACAUCCCCUCUGGCACCUGAAGAGAAGAUAGAAUUAUUUAAUCUUCUACAGAAUGCGGACAGGUUGCAUUAUGGUUCAGACAAUGAGAAAAGGGAGAGCUUCAAACUGCUGCUUGAAAAUGAGGAAAAGUAUAGAAAUCAUACUGGCUUUCUUUGGAGGCUUGCCCGAGCUUAUGGAGACAUGUUUGCAAUAACCACAGAGGCUGAAGAAAAAAAGGACUAUGCUACCAAAGGAAAGCUUGUGAGUGAAAAUGCUGUAAACCUGGAUCCAUCAAGUGCUGAGAGUCACCAGUGGUUUGCAAUGAUGUGUGGCUACAUGUCUCAGUUUGAAAGUGUGCAGAACAAAAUCAGGAAUGGCUAUCUCUUUAAGGAGCAUCUAGACAAAGCUAUUGAGCUUAAGCCGCAAGACCCUUUUUUAUAUUAUCUAACUGGAAGAUGGUGCUAUGAAGUGGCUCAGUUGUCUUGGAUUGAGAAAAAAGUAGCUGCUGCUCUUUUUGGGACUCCGCCAACUUCAACAAUUCAUGAAGCUUUGCAGAAUUUUCUUAAGGCUGAAGAACUACAACCUGGAUAUUCGAAACACAAUUAUGUCUAUUUGGCAAAGUGCUACAAAGAUCUUGGCCAGAGGACCAAUGCGCUGAAGUUCUGUGACACUGCAUCAUCAAUCCUGUCAGUCACCAAAGAUGAUAAAGAGGCUGAUGAAGAUUUAGAAACAUUGCUUCCGUCACUGAAACUGUGAACCAAACAACAACAAGCACUUUUCAUUAUGUUUUUGAAUGAUACUGUGAAAGGCAUCUGGGAACCCAGAUCCGAGUUCUGAAAGCACGCAUAUGUGGGUUUUGUGGGGUUUCUAGCCAUGGGAGGCUUAGAAUUUGGGGAAACAGGGCUGAGAUAAUACCAAAGGGUUGUAUCUAAGGCUGGCUUUGAUCUAGUGGAAAGCACUUCCACUUGCACAAGAUGAUGCACCCAGAUUCACCAGUUACCUACUGUUGUGUCCUCUGCCUAUCCCAUAAUGUUUCAGAGGGUUUCCCAACCCACGGGAGCAGCUUUUGAGGAGGCAGGUGGGGGAGUGGGUAUGGAACGCUGCAGUGGAUAGGGGUGGGAUAGGCAAAAACCAGGAGCCUCUUGUGUACAAGCAGAAGCGUUUUCCAUUAUUACUACAAAGCCACUGCUGGGUACAAUCCCAAUAAUAAUCCCAAUACAAUCCCAAUAAUAAAGUCAAGGGACGGAUGGAUCUGUCAAUUUCAGUUCUCUAAGCUUCUCAUUUUUCCGGUCUUAAAUUCAGUUCUCCACAUUGUGGCAGCACCCUGCAGGAUCCCGCUCCACUUUUAAAUACUAAGGGAAGGAGAGUGCCAGCAUUUUAGUGUGAAUUUCUCCUCAUAAACACAAUUUUGUAUGCAUAAUUUUGACUAACACCCAUACCUUUGGAAGCAAUUUCCCCCAAUACAUUUAUGUAUGUUAUUGUUAACCGAUACUCAUUUCUAUGCACCCUUUCUCCUAACAUAUGCAUUUUUGUAAAAACUGUGCAGUUGGGAAACUGCACUGCAAAAUUCACAGAAUUGCUAAUUUUGAAGGAUGGCUGUGUUUCAAUUCUCCUAUUGUUCCAGAAAGUGCAAUUUUGGUAUGUUCCCCUUUAAAUGUGAACUGAAUCUAAUUUCUUCCCCAACCCUAAUGAAGUCUGAAACCCCGGGGGGGAAAGUCAUUGGACUGGAUUACUUCAAGCCCAUUAAGAAUGUAGCAGUUACUCAUGUGCAGCAGGUAUCAUAUGCCUGCAUUAACACAUUUCUUUACACUAGACACCCAUUCAGCCACAUAUUGUUGGUUAUGCUGUAAAAGAAUUAUCAAUCCACCAGUGGAGUCCAAUCAUGUGAAUGCUUACUGAGAAGUAUGACCCGUCAGGCUCUUCUUAUGUUCUUAUGCUAAGCAGGAUUGUCUUGAAUGCCACCCCAGACUCCUAUUCAGAUGGGUUUGUUGAGGCAUGCCAACACUCCCAGUUCUCCAUAUGGUGGCUGGUUCACAUGAAGCCUUAUUUGUGACUGCACAACACCAACUUAAAGCAUCGCCAUAUGUCUCAGGCAUUGCCCUGUUUUGACUGGGCUGAAAAAAGUGCAGCUAACUCUGGAAUUGGUUUUAGUUUUAAAUGCUGCUUUUUCUCCUUGGCAACAUAUACUCAUGGACUCUCUGUAGCAGAACACAUCCAUGAUCGCCUCAUUCCUUUUAUAGUGGUACCUCGGGUUAAGAACUUAAUUUGUUCUGCAGGUCCAUUCUUGACCUGAAACUGUUCUUAACCUGAGGUACCACUUUAGCUAAUG